UGGUAAUAAGUAAUUAUGGAAGUUACGACGGAAGAAGCCCAAGCUGUGUUGCUGGAGGGAAUGGAAGGUGCGCAAUACAUCACCAUUCAGAGGGCUGAUGGAGAGCCUCUAGGCAAGAGUGUGCCACUCUUAACGUUGAAUGGAGAGCUAAUUUCCGAGGGAAUGGUUGUCGAUAUGAUCAAUGCUGGUGUCGGUACAGAUUAUGGUACAGCAACGCAAUAUUAUGAAGCGGAAGAUUUGUUACAGCACGAACUAACAGAGGAGGAUCGUAGAUUGGCAGCAGCUCUAGUUGCAGUACAAUUGCAGCAACAACAGAAACAGCAGCAACUUCAUAGUCAAUCACAACACGAGGAUCCCACUUUGCCAGAUGUUUCUCAAUUGGAAACAUUGACUCCUGUUAAUACGUAUUCCAUUCAAACAGUACCAGAGCCAAGUGCUCCACCGGUAUAUCCGACUUUGCAACCUUUCAAACGAGUUCCUCAUAAUGUCAAGCAGGAAUUCAUAAAUGUGAAGAGCGAGUACGAGAUUGACGUGUCGGCGGAUAGUAGCGAGGAUGCGGCGCCGAGUUCCGGACCGAAGAGGUCCUUGCCGCACAAAAAGAGGAUUCCCCGUAAAUUGAAACAACAAACGAAGCGUAGCUCUGCCAGGAAGGAUACCAGCAAGUUGAAUUUAGACGUUGCUAAGACGGAACCGUCUGGAGACAUGCAAGUUCCCAUGUUCAAAUGUGAACUGUGCAGCUCUAGAUUUAGUAGUCAAUUAACAUUUUUUGAGCAUCUUAAGGUGCAUUACGAACCUGUGAAGCAGGAAGCAAGAAUAGCGCAAGCAACAAAUACUAACAUCACGAUAUCUGUACAAGAGUCGGUCCAAAGUCUUGAAAACACUGUGAUCGAAGAAUUCAGUGAACCUGAAGAUCUCAUGGAGGGCAUCAGAGGUGUUGUGGAAGAGACUGGUGCACACAUAGACGAUGACACGGAAUCUCCGUUGUCUACUGUAAACAAUGCAUCGCCACUGUGGACUAUCACCGAUGUCACGGAGCAUGUACAUAGGGACCAUGUGAAACCGUCAACAGUUAACGAGCAGGACUUGCAUGAAAAAGAAAAGACUGAUAUUCCGCCGACAACAAAGAAAAAAAAAGUUUACAAAGCACGGAAAGCAAAUGACGAGGUAACAUGCCCGCAAUGCGACCGGUCAUUCCAUCAUAAAAAUAGUUUAGUGUAUCAUAUGCGUUCACACAGCGGGGAACGGCCGCAUCAGUGCGAAGUCUGUGGGAAAAGUUUCUUCGCUGCCAGUGCAUUAAAGGUACACAAACGUCUUCACAGCGGCGACAAGCCGUACAAAUGCGAGGAAUGUGGUCGGCAUUUCCGUCAAUGGGGCGACUUGAAAUAUCAUUCGACGAGCAUUCAUUCCGAGCAAAAGCAGUAUCAAUGCGAAUAUUGCGGCAAAGACUUCGCUAGGAAAUAUUCCCUGAUCGUUCACAGAAGGAUCCAUACUGGCGAGAAGAAUUACCGGUGCGAGUAUUGCAACAAGACUUUUCGGGCGAGUAGCUACUUGCAGAAUCAUCGUCGUAUACACACCGGCGAGAAACCGCAUGCGUGCACAGUUUGUGGGAAACCGUUCAGAGUACGAAGCGACAUGAAACGACACAUGCACACGCAUUCGAGGGGAAGGAACGAAAGGCCUUUGACCAGAGUGAUGUCGGGCAAGACCGUAAACUCCAUGGAGGAGGAGGCUGACAAGGGAUCGCAGGCAAAAACGAUACAUGAUCUGGUCAGAGAUUUGAAGUUGGAAGUGGAGGCGACAGGUGUCGUGGAGAUUAUCCCACCGGAUGAUAAUCCUGAGAGCAUUCUGCCCCAUGCAGGAGGACCGACUCUAGAGUACACAGUAACAACUACGCCUGAUGCAAAUCCAGACCGAGAUCCAUUGGAAGCGGUUGUACGUACUGCUGACAACAUGCCGUAUUUUUUCAUGUAACGACUAUUGGGUGUGUAACCGAAGAACUUGUACUAUAACCACUGAGCAGCAAUUGAAAUUAGAAUGUCUGGUUUAUAAACAGGAAGCUUUCUGACAUAUGGCGAAACUUCAUUGUAAAUGAUCAGUCGACUUGCUAUGCAUCGAUACACUGCCCUAUGUAAUAUGCAUAGUGUACUUUCCAGUUUCUCUGUGGUAUACUUUUUAAGGGAGCGCGUUCACGACGCAUAACACUGGUUAAAUAAUAUUCGUAAGACUGUUCUUAGCAGGAAACUCGGGAAAGUACAAAGCUGAAAGGAAAUCCUAAAAACAUAUAUCAAUUUAAUUGCGUAACGAUAUACAUAUAUAUGAAUAUGCAUAUAUAUAUAUACAUAUUGUACUAUAAUUAACACUAAUCAAGGAAACAUUGUACAUUUUUAAGUCUAGGUAAGUUAGCCGUUUAUAUAUCGCGAAUGGUCGUUGAAAAAUAUAUUUUUUACGUGAAGACAUUUAUAGA